AUGUCCGAUGAAACUACUGAACUGUCAUCUGAAUAUGAAACAAAUCAAUCAUCAACCUCUGACGAUGACGAUAUUCGAACAUUCCAAGUAUAUGCACGAAAGAAAGUCGUACCAAACAGAGACAGACGUAACCAAUCAUUACCAACAGCCUGUUGUUUAGUUUGUUCAAUUUUACCUGCAUUGUCGGAUGUCAAUUGCUGUCAAAUGCACCAAAAUCUUUUAAAAACAACACUUCCGCUCGGAGUAUCCAAAAAGAUUCGUGAUAUGCUUUCGACAACAGAUAAGAACAAUCUGACAGUGAGGUGUCGACAUCGGACAUUGUAUUCAAAGAACCGAAAACGUAUACGAUCUCGUUCGACAUCAGUAUCUCAUGAUGAUCAACAGGCAACCAAAAGAAAACAAGUGACUGGGAAAUUGCUAAAUGUGAAAUUCCGAACAAAUUCAUUUUCUUCGUUGUCAUCGAGUUCACAGAGUGAACAAAUGAUAUCAUCAUCGUUUCAGCGACAGAACACAAUUCCAUCUAAAACGUCGAUCUUCACACAAAGUAGACGGCGAGAUAUGUCGCAAAAAAACGUGACGGUAGAAAACAAAUCACGCACAAUACGCAGUACAUCUUCAACUCCGGAAUUGAUCGAAUUGGAACCUGAACUAUCCUAUUCACCACAACUUCUACUCAGACGAAUUGUUCGUAUUAAAGAUGAAGAAUUUCUCGAUACUGAUUCUCAAAUAACUGUAAACGUAAAUCGCACAACUGAUCCGGCGACGUAUCGCGACAAACUUCGGCCGCGAAUCUUACCGAAACGUGCAUGUUGUGAUAAAUAG